UUUAUUUUCUGUGCUCUUGUCUGUCUCAGCUGCUGUCUUGAAUUUUCAGUAAAUAUUUUAUUUGUAAUUUCGAGUAUUUAUUAUUACUGUGCUUUGUAAUACAACGAGUUGCUACCAUAUUGAGUAGAGUACAAUAGUACACAAAUGUUUUUGUUUUAUGAAAAAUUCAAGUGAACAUAAUCAUGGCGAACAAGUUAUUGAUGGACGAUAUUACGAAUAAUUUGAGGGAAAGGGUGUUUUUCGCAGCGAGGGAUGGAAUGUCCCUGACACUUUACGCUUUGUUAUACGAGAAAAGCAUUGACGAAAUUGACGAACUCCUCAACAGCGAUGUUUGUUGCGAUGGAGUGAAGUGCACACCCCUAAUCGCUGCCGCGAGACACGGUAGAGAGGGUGCCGUCAGGAUCAUCCUCAUGAAAUUCCGUCCGCCCGUCCGACUCGAGACCGAGGGCACUGUCAAAUUUGACGAAUAUGUCAUAGAAGGCGCCACAGCUCUAUGGUGUGCAGCGGGCGCCGGACACUUAGGCAUAGUCAAACGCCUGGUCAGGGCUGGGGCGAACGUCAACCAUGCGACCCGGACACUCAGCACGCCGCUCCGGGCCGCCUGCUUCGACGGCCGCCUGGACAUCGUCAAGUACCUGGUCAGGCAUGGCGCUGACAUCCACAAAGCAAACAAAUACAACAAUACGUGUCUUAUGAUCGCCGCGUAUAAAGGACAUUUGGAUGUGGUCCAGUUCCUGUUAGACAGCGGCGCGCGAGUGGACGAGAGGGCGCUGUGUGGAGCGACGGCGCUGCACUUCGCCGCGGAGUGCGGGCACGCGGCCGUCGUGUGCGCGCUCAUCGACCACAACGCGAAGAUACUCACCAAUGAGAACGGCAUGACUCCACUGCAGUGCGCUGCGGAGCGCGCGCGCGUGUCGGUGGUGGAGUUCCUGGCGGCGCGGCCCGAGGUGUCGCGCGCGCAGGCCAUAGAGGCGUACGAGCUGCUGGGCGCCUCCUUCGCCAACGACAAGGAGUACUACUGCUUACGGAUGGCGUACCAGUACUUGCAUCGAGCGAUGACCAUGCGGUACGACACGCGGUUCGGUCAGCUACUGAAGAAGCCGGCGGAACCCAUCCCUGCGUAUGACAAUUGGAGAGAAAGCACCACUAUAGAGGAUGUAGAACGUCUCCACGGCAACCCGCACGCGUUACACAUGGAGGGCCUGACGGUCCGGGAGCGCAUCCUGGGCCGGAAGUGUCCGGACCUGCCGCACCCCGUCGUGUUCCGGGGCGCGGUGUUCGCGGACGAGGCGCGCUUCGACCGCUGCCUGGCGCUGUGGAAACACGCACUCGCUUUGAGGCAUCAAAACCAGGUGUCUGUGGUGAAAGACUUGCUGAGGUUUGCUCAAGUGUUCUCACAAAUGAUUUACAUUGGAAUUGAAUUGCCACUUGCUCAGGUAUGUUAUGUGUUAGAAGCGUGUUCAGAAGAAUUGAGAAGAGGAACGAAUCGGGUUGAGAAACCACACACUAACCACGAUCCGGACGCUUUGAUAUUCUUCUUCACACUAAGACAGUAUCAGGAGGAAUACGAGAGCAAUGUACGAACUGCGCUGUACUUGGUGGCGGUCGCGGCGAGGUUAUUAGAAAAUUCCGACAACGAUGAAGAGACAACAAGCGCGGUCCGGAGAGCGAUAUUCAGGCUACGGAACGCGAGGCUACGAUCGGGCCAGAGUUUGUUACACCUGGCCGUGGACAGGCGGACGCCGGUCGACGACUUCCAUACGAACGACGUGUGCCAGUUCCCUUGCACGCGCACGACGCGCCUGCUGCUGGAGUGCGGCGUGGAGGUGGACGCGGCGGACGACCUGCGGCGGACGGCGCUGCACAUCGCGCUCAUAUCCUACCAACUUAUACCUGACGAGCGGAACGUGCUGCGCGAGGCGGUGUGCGGCACCGUGUGCGAGCUGCUGGCGCGCGGCGCUCACGUGGACGCGGUGGACGCGGCCGGCAUCACCCCCCUAGUCGCUGCUAUAGGUGGUCCAGCGGAGAGUCUAGUCCGCGCCGCCCUAAGUCCUCGUCUGUCUUGCUUGGCAGCAGCAGCGCUGGCCUUCCACGGCGGUACCUACAGACCCUCGCAAGUGCCCCGAGACCUGCACCCCUUCCUCACCAUGCACGGAGUCAGCCCCAGUCCGAGCUAAGCCAUAUAAAGCAAUGUGAUUUUGUCGGUGUAUGCCCGACGUACCGAAUCCGUAACAUAUGAGUAAAAUUACAUAAAACGGCGUGUCCAAACUCGGCAAUCGUACGCAGCACUGUGAGGGUGUUGUAACUAUAAGAGGGGCGGUUUAUUUUUUGUAGGUAAAAGUACAUUUAUUUUAUAGUAAACUAGCGGACCCAGUCAAGCUUUUUCCCUACCAUUACCUACUCCCGCCCCGCUCCUACCCUACACCUACUUUACCCCUACCCCUACCUACCCUAGCCCUACCCUACCCCAUACUUCCUACCUUGAAAACUACAAAAAGUCCUAUAUAAAUUUUCACUCCCUUUUAAAGGUUUGGAUUUUCAAAAAAAAAAUUAUGCACAGUUUUUUGUUCGUCACAAACAGUCUGCAGUCCAAUUAUUAGCUUUCUGUCUUGAAAAAUGCGGAAUGCUCCAUACAAACUUCCAGAAAAAGACAAAUAGUAGCCUAUGUCACUCUUCAUCCUUUCAACUGUCUCUACUUGAAAAUCACAUCAAUUCGUCGCUCCGUUUUGCCGUGAAAGACACGUGGACAAACAAACGCACACACUUUCACUUUUAUAAUAUGAGUAUGGAUUUAAUUAAGCAAAAAUUUUUAUGACGAUGAAAAAUCUUUAAUAUUUUUUUUCUUUACUGUAUUUUAUUAUGUACUUUAUAUAUAUUUAUUAUAAACUUAUACUUUUACUAUAUAGAUGUCUACAGUAGUCGCGCGACAGGGCUGUGUCUCGCGAAUGCCGCGCUAUGUUUGGACACGCCUUAAUGGAUAUGAGUCUAAAAUUAAAAUGCCAAAAUACACAAAACUCAAUUAGAAAACGAUGAAACAUAAUUUAAAAGUAUAAUGAAAUUCAACUCACGUUAUUCUGUCGGUGUAUGUCCGACGGGUUGAACCCAUACGUAUUAUGUCCAUAAUAUGAACGUAAGAAUUGUUUUAAUUUUAAGAAUUACAUGUAAUAAAUACAAAAGAGUCUAAAAAGCCAAAAUAAACAAUUUGAUAAGCGGAAUGCAAUGCAAUGAAAUUAAGCUCACGUAAUUUGGUCGGUGUAUGUCCGACAGUCGAAACCCAUGCGUAGUUGUAUGCAAAUGAGUCCUAAAAACUUAUAUACACCAAAACGGAUUAACGAAAAAAAUGCAAUAAAAUUAAAGUUAUUUCGCGGAAAAUAGGUAAGUUAUUUAAAUCGUAUUUGCUUGUAAUAUGUAUUUAUUUUACAAAAUUUAAAGCAAUAAUGUUUAAAGUAAAAUUAGAUGAGUUUGAAGUAAAACUCGACUAUCGAUUGCGCUUAAUAAUUUUAUAGAAAUAAAUAGAUCGGAGCAACUUGUUGGUCGACUUAGAUAACUGCCGAAAACGAGCAGCAUGUGUCUCUCAUAGUGGCGUGCAUAGGGUUUUCAGGGUAAGCACUCCCACGAUCGACUAAACAUGAAUUAUCUGUAUUUGAUAACCAUAGAUAAGUUUUGUGGUAUGAUGUAGCAUGAAUUUAGGGUGUUUGUUCUAUUUGAUUAGGAUAGUGUUAUAUUUCUCCAUAUUAUGUUUGUACUCUUUUGUAGAAACCAAAAUGGAUGUGGAUUUUCAUCCUCCUCCUAACAAGUUAGCCCGCUUCCAUCUUUGAUUUCAUCAUCACUUACCAUCAGGUGAGAUUGUAGUUAAGGGCUAACAUUGUAAAGAAUAAAAAAACACAUACAACAUAAUAUAUUCUGAGUUUUUUUGAGUUAACUAUCUUAUGCUACUGGUUUCAUCUAACCCCGGCCAACAAAUUGCAUAAAAUUUAUUAUUUCUUAGAAUUAUAUUAGUUUUUAGCGAUUUAUUUGAUAAGAUAUUUAUCAUUUUAACGAAAAAAUGAGGCCUAUUAAUACUUUUAGCCCUACAUUAAUCUUACGCGAAAAUUAUAGUAAUAUAGGAAAUGUCAAUUAUUAUUAUAUUAAAAGUAUAAGUGCAAGCAAAAUGGAAAUUUAGUAACGAUUUUUUUUGUUUAUAAAGCUCCUUUUACUUUUUUUUGGAGUUAAUGGACUAUGGUUCAAAAUCAGACGUGAACCUGGAUAAAUCAAUAUUUAAAAGUAUCAUCCAAUUUGUAUUAAAAAACACUAAGUUUACCUAAUUAUUGAUUAGGCUUGGCUUGCCUGUUUGGACGAAUUUAAGCUUUAAUACAGGCAGUUUAAGUCCACAUUAGUGUGGCAACAUUUUACUGAUGAUUGGUAAAUUGAUGCAAGCAUUAGAACAUUUUUAGUCUUUCGAUUGGAUGGAAGAGAAAAUGUAAGAAAAGAGGAAAAGAGAAUACUAUUUUCACUUCCAUUUUUUUCUUUUUUUUUGAGUUUUUUUAAUAUUUUGAGUUGAGUUGAUUAUGGAAUGUAGUCCAAAAUUUGUAUCUCCAUAUUAAUGUAUUUUUGUGGCUUCCCUAUAUGUUUAUUUGAAACAUAAAAUACCAAAAAAUUGUAUAUUUUAAUUUUAUUUUGUAUAUAGCUUUAAUAUACGCAUAUUGUGUACAUAAAUAUAUAGGGAGAUGGUCCAAAAAUGUGUAAAGUCUAGACCUGGUCUUUGUAUUAUUGUAUACUACAAGCAAUGUUGUAAUGAUGGAAAAUAAUAUAAAAUAUUGAACUAUUUUUGAUUAUUAAAAGAUUUUUUCCUUGACCUGUCUGAAAUGUAUUAUAUCCUUCGUAUAAUGAGUUAUAAUGUCCUUAUGAUGAAAUAUAAAAAUCAACAAAUAUCUCCAAAUUAUGCUUUUUGACGUGACUUUAAACGUUUUGGUUUUUUUUAUAUGCGCAAUUGCACAAAAAUUUUUCCUGUUGCCUACAAUCUUUGUACUUGUAUAAUUAUAUAUUUUUUAUUAUUAUUUUUAAUUUGACUAUAAUGUGGGUGAUUUUUAUUUAGUAAAUAACUUCUGUAUUUAAAUAAUUACAUAAAAUAACAACUUUAUUUAUUUAAAAAUUCUUUGAAAAUAUCUGACUCUUUAAAAAUAUCAACACGAUAAAAUUUGGAAAAUUGAUAUUUGGAUAAAAAAUUCAAAUAAAACUAAAUCUAUUUGUUUAGUUAUUGAAAUUGACUAAUUAUGACAAGAAAUAAAGCCGUAGAUGCCAUAUUUAGUUAUAUUAACAUAAGAGUUAAAAAUUCGAUAUUAAAAAUAUAUUGUAAAAAUAUAUCGAAGUAAAUAAUUUUUAUGUUUAUAAUAUUUGUGUUUUACAAUGCAAUAGUUGUUUUUCGACUGGAGUUGAUCGAUAAUGAUGUUUUUUAUUUUUCUUUUUUGUCAUGAUUAACACAAAAAAAAAUUUAAUUAAGGAAGUUUUCUUUACUUACUCAUAGAUUCGAUGUUGUCAAUCGAUGUGUUUCUAAAAUCGACCCUUCGUACAUAUACAGCACAAAAUAUUUCAAGUAUAUUUUUUGGUUAUUGUUACAUUACAUUUUUGUAAAACUCAAUUUAAACCUCAAACACCUUAAACAGUAUUUAAGUCUGAAUAACACUAUGGUUAAGCCGGACUUAGUCAGGACCUUUGAAACAUUUUCCAAAGCCAGCACAGCAUUGGCGUAUUUAGGAUUAUUUCCUAGGGUGGGCCUGACCCCCCGACAUCAUGUCUAUUAUUAAUAAUAAAAGCUAUAAAGGCAUAUGCGGGCAGAGGGACGGAGUGCGAGGGUAUGAAGUAGUGCGCGCGGGGCAUCGCUACCCCCCUCCCGGCCCGCGCGGACCAUCGAGAGAGUUACGAACGAAUUUGAAAAGCUAUAGUAUCAUAAUAGUAUUGUAGGCCAGAAUCCUAGGGUGGGCACAGGUCCAUUCUUGCGUAGGAAUGACAUUAUCUCUCUUAUGGACAUUGACAUUGACAGGUGUCAGAAACGCAAUCUCUGAGCGGCCGGACUAUAAUUUCAUACACGCGACUCAUCUCGCACGUUCGGUAAAAGCUUGAGCUAUUGUGACAAAAUAGAUAACAUGUAAUCUGAGAUAGACUCUAAUAUCAAAAACAAAUUUCAAAAUUCUAUUUCCUAAAAAAAAGUAAACUAAUAAAGUAAAUAAAUGAAAACGUACAAAUACUUAGUAAUCAAUAUUUCUAUUUUAGUUAUUAUAAAUAACAAUAAAAUGACUGUUUAUAAAUAAAAACAAAAGUCUCAGACCAAUUAUAGAAGGACCUGUAUCGCACUCAUAGUCACGAACAAAAUUGUCUGUCAUUUUCUGAGGAAAACGAGCUUAGAUUUGGUAUAUAUCUUAUACUAAACUAGAAGUUUUUGCCCGUUUUUUACACAAUUCAAUUACACAAAAAGAUAUUUUUACGGAGCUUCUUAACCGACGAACACGAUUACAACUAUUUAACAUCGAUAUAUAGAGGCAGUUUUUAUAAUCGCAUUAGAUCGUUGAUCAUAUACUUUGUCAGAAAAGUAACGUCUAGCGAGGCAGGUCCUAUGCAAUAGUUGGUCUGAGACAAAAGUUGAUAGGUGAAUAGACUACAUUUGUAACACAAUAUGUAUAAAGGUGCGUUUACACUUACGAGCAGUACUGGGGCAGUAGUGCUAUCCCGUAAUAACGUUUUGUAAUUCGACGAUGCGAGCUUCGAAUUCGUCUGUCUUUCUCUAUCUGUAGUAUGGCGUUAGAAAAGAUAGAUAUGAGUUCGAGAUUCAUACUAUCAGGUUGUAAAUACAUGGUUUCAUUGUAUUAGCGCUAUUGCGCUGUAGGCGAGAAAUUGUGUAAUGUAGAUUUGCGCACGCUUUGAGCAUUUGGCUCGUGCCCGAGUAAAAUUUAGAGAUAUAACAUUAGUUUUUAACCGACUUCAAAAAGGAGGAGGUUCUCAAUUCGGUCGGUAUUUUUUUUGCAAAAUAAACUCUAUAAAAACAUUUGACAUAUUUAAGCAUCUAAACAAGGAUUUGAGAACGUUUUAGGAUCACAUAUCGCUACUUGGAACUUAUUUUAAUUAUUGCUUUAUUCUUUUUUCUCUGUGAUGCGUAACCCAAAUACAUUUUUCUUUCUUUCUUUUAAAACACCGCUAUUUUAGAAUGUGGACUAUGACGUCACAAUAUGUCAAAAUAUACUUUUCUAUUGCUUGCCUGGACUUGUUAAUGUGGGAUGUGUCUUUAAGAAAAUUUAUUAUAUUGCAAUUAUGUGAAUAUGCGGGAACAUGCAUGCGAUUUGAAUUAUAUCGACUCGGCUCUAUAGCGUCUCCGCUCGUGGCUCUCGUAAGUGUAUACGCGCCUUUAGAAUUUAUCUAAUAACUCUUCCUACUACAUAAUUAUUUUUCUAUAUAUCUCUAAAACAUCAAAUUAAAGUCCAUCAUUCUUCAAUGAAAGAAUGAUUUACUUAUAGGAAAUUACUUAUUGGCUUAUUGGCAUUAUAUGGCUAUAUUAUUAGAAUAUCAAUAAUGCGUAGUAUACACGAGCUUAGAACUUGUCACUAGUAAGACAAGACUGUUUAACCGACUUAACAUUAGAGGUCGUAGUCAAGAGCUGACUUUUCAUUUAAUAAAAAAAUCAGCGCUGAAUCAGCCGAGACCCGGCAAAAAAAAGUCGAAUACUAAACUCGUGUGAACUAUGCAUUAGGGCCGGCGCACACCUAACAAGGCGUAAUAAUAAUUUUCGACUCCAGCAAUAAUAGUUUAAUAGAUCUCGCUUCGCCGCAUUUCUGUUAGGUGUUCGCUUGUCCUUAGAGGUAGGCUUAAUGGACGAAAGCUCAAAUCGAAUAUUUAUGAUAAUAAUUAUUGUAACUACGCUAUGAUAUAAUAUUAUAGAGAAUAAGGAUCAUAACUCAUUACCUUAAUGUAAAGUAACAGCACGUGACAUCGUUCGUUUCCAUGGCAACUUCGUUGUUAGUGACAUUUUAGUUUUGACAUCCUUUAUACAUAAAGUUCAAAUUCGAAUAACACUUUGUUCGACGAAUCACACCACUGUAUUAACUCAUUCUAUAGGCAUAUGCUCACAUUAAGAACUCAGACAGUAGCGCUGAUCGCUAUAGCGAGUCGAGAUGCUAAUAAGGAUUGGGUGCCGUUUGGCUUUAAUGAGUCAUGACCUCAUCAGUACUGUACCAUUUUCAUCAUCAUCAUAUCAGCCGAUGAACGUCCACUGCAGGACAUAGGCCUUUUGUAAGGACUUCCAAACAUCACGAUACUGAGCCACCUGCAUCCAGCAAAUCCCUGCGACUCGCUUGAUGUCGCCAGUCCACCUGGUGGGGGGUCGGCCAACACUGCGCUUACUAGUGCGAGGUCGCCAUUCCAGCACUUUGGGACCCCAACGUCCAUCGGCUCUUCGAUCCCAAAGUACCAUUUUAGACGCGAUGAAAUGUGAUACAUAUUAUUGAUAAUAACGUAGACUCAUUUUCAUCGGAGUAUCUAUCUAAAUAAGUGUCUAUUGUUCCGAUAAAUUAUGUAAUAACUUUAGGAAGGUAGUUAAUAAUUAAAGUGUUCAUGAAUAGCACAAAAAUUAACUGAAAGUUAUAUAGGUACGUAGAUACAAAACUAUUAUUAUGAUCGUAGGUUAGCAAACAUACAGUUUGGAAUCGAACGUAAUUUUACAAUUUUUAUUACUUCGAAGAAAAAUACGCACACAAAUGAAUUCUUGCGUUUGUUUUGCCAUUAAAAAUUUUUUCGGCUUAGCGUUGUGCCACUAUGUAAGAUUUACUUUCCAGUAGCCUGUUUUUCCUAAUCGAUUUUUGAGUUUUUUGGCAUCAAAUCCGGGUCUAUGAUGUCAAGCCAACGCUGCUACUAUGGCCUCGGGAUUUGACUCCAGGGUUUAAGAUGUUGAGGCAUCUAUUUCCUAUUUAGUAACUAGUUGUCCACCAGAUAUUUUUACCAAUUAUAUUAAUACAUUUUUUAAUCAAAAUUAAUUGCUAAUUUGAAUUUAUUCAAUUAUUAUUAUUUAACCGGUUUUAUUAACAAAAAAACUUAUAAGAAACGCUUUCUUUUGUGUGCCCAAAAUUUGAUUUAUAUGUCCGACAUAUCUGUUUUUAAUUUGUUUUGAAUUAACGGAUCGUGCUCGAGUAAUUUUAUGUAUAAAAAAAUGUUUGUCCGAUUCGUCGGUCACGGCGUCGAGCUUCUGUUGACCAUUACGCAAUAGGGUAUUACUUUCCAUUUUAAACGCCCAAAUAUGCAGAUAAAAUGUAAAUAUUACUGAACAAAAGCAAUUUAUUUGGAGAUAAUCAUCGUUUUGCACACUGUCAUGGACUAACGAAUAUAGUAGAAACCGCCUGUUUCUUUCUGAAUUCUGUUCAUUCCUUUUAAAUACGCUACUAAAUAUGACGUCACUGGAUUUGUUUUAUGUUCCAGUAAGCUUAUCUCGUAAAGAAAGACAUUGUCGACUAAUAAUUGAUGCGUGUUAGGUCAUGAUAUUAUGUCUGCAUUCAAGUAUUUAAUGGAAGAGACUCAGUCUUUUAAGAAACUAUCAUUUUACAGGACUAAAUUCUGAAGACUGUAGGUUCGUUUCUAUUGUUUUAAAAGACGUGAGCUUAUAAUAAGGCCCGCGUUUAAAUCGCUACAAAAUAACGACAAUAUUACGUCAAGUCCUUUAGUGCUAUGAGGCGUCUAUAGCUAAUUAUAGAUUUUAAGGCUUAGGGUUAAAAGUCGAAUUAAGUCUUUAGUUGGGUUUACACAAAACUAGUCUCGCCGUGAGGCUUUAAAAUAAAUCGAGUCUCUUUUUAAAACACCAUCAGUACUCGUGAGGUAAUGGUUUCUAGUAGUUUAAAUAUAUAUUUUUUCUAUAGAAACCCUUGAAGUUUGUUUAGAAUGUUUUAUUAUAUUUUUUUACAUUAUUCAUAUUUAAUGUGUAUUCUCACAUCCAUUGGCGUAACUAUAACACCAUCUGAGGCCCGAUGCGGAUUUAUUUGAUGAGAUCCCAGAAAAAUUGCCAUAUAUUUUUUUUUAUUUUAGAUUUUUUGGCUUCGUGGUCUGGCCCAUUGACUUUGGCCUCGUGGUCUGGUCUUUCUAGCCGUGGGCUCGUUGUAUUUUGGCAGCCCUGCCACCCUAGUUACGCCACUGGUUACAACGUGUGUAGGUGACGAUCGGGCGCCAUUAUGGUUUUUUGUUGAGCUUUUGUACAGAAUUAAAUCAAUACAGUAAAGAAGCUAAUGUUCUUACAACGCUGUAUAUGGCUAAUUAAUUAAAGAUGCUAUACUUUUAGUAGAAAUUUUGUAGUGCUAUUAAUAAUAAAAUAUAAUAAGAAAUAACUAAUUGUAAUAAAUGAUGAUUGAUGUAAAUAAAUUAUAAAUUUAUAAGAUAUUAUAUUAGUGAAUAUAAUUUUACAUCAGGUCGAGAGAGUCAAAUGUGAUGUAAGAAAUAGAGAUAUUAUUCAAUCGGAUAUUAUUGUAAAAUGUAAAUAAGAUUAUUUAUCGCGAUUAAAUGAAUAUAUAGCGUUUAUUUUUUUGUCCAAACAAAUUGAAAUAAAGAGUUAAAUUGUA